AUGGCGGCGGCGGAGCCGGCGGUCCCGGCGCUCCCCGGCAGCGGCGGCGCGGGCGCGGCGGCGCCGUCGGGCACGGUCCCGGUGCUCUUCUGCUUCUCCGUGUUCGCGCGGCCCUCGUCCGUGCCGCACGGCGCGGGCUACGAGCUGCUCAUCCAGAAGUUCCUCAGCCUGUACGGCGAUCAGAUCGACAUGCACCGCAAAUUCGUGGUGCAGCUCUUCGCCGAAGAGUGGGGCCAGUACGUGGACCUGCCCAAGGGCUUCGCGGUGAGCGAGCGCUGCAAGGUGCGCCUCGUGCCGCUGCAGAUCCAGCUCACUACCCUGGGAAAUCUUACACCUUCCAGCACUGUGUUUUUUUGCUGUGACAUGCAAGAGAGAUUCAGACCAGCUAUCAAGUAUUUUGGAGAUAUUAUUAGUGUGGGACAAAGAUUGUUACAAGGAGCCCGGAUUUUGGGAAUUCCAGUUAUUGUAACAGAACAGUACCCUAAAGGUCUUGGAAGCACUGUUCAAGAAAUUGAUUUAACAGGUGUAAAAUUGGUACUUCCAAAGACCAAGUUUUCCAUGGUAUUACCAGAAGUUGAGGCGGCUUUAGCAGAGAUCCCUGGAGUCAGGAGUGUUGUGUUAUUUGGAGUAGAAACUCAUGUGUGUAUCCAGCAAACUGCUCUGGAGCUGGUUGGCCGAGGCAUAGAGGUUCAUAUUGUUGCUGAUGCCACCUCAUCUAGAAGCAUGAUGGACAGGAUGUUUGCUCUUGAGCGUCUUGCUCGAACUGGGAUCAUUGUGACUACAAGCGAGGCUGUUCUGCUGCAGCUGGUGGCUGAUAAAGACCAUCCAAAAUUCAAGGAAAUUCAGAAUCUAAUUAAGGCGAGUGCUCCAGAGUCGGGUCUGCUUUCCAAAGUAUAGGACAUCUGAAAGACUGGUAUGCUGUCACCAUGAUGUGGCAGAACUGUCAGCCCAGACAAGCUCCUGUCUCAACUAGAAUUAAAAAGUUAAGUAAAAAAUUGGCUCCUUUUUUGCGCCUCCUAGUGAAACUUAACCAGUUAGACUAUUUGGGUAUCGGCAUUUAGUUAACAAACAUCAAAGGCUUCAGGUGCUGCUUAUCUUUUUUUGUUAAUUAAUGUGCUUUUAUUUAUUAAAAAUAAUUACAAUGGAGGUGCCUGUUUUGUCUCUACUGUAUUUACUGAUCAUAACUUCCUAAGUGCACACUCUUGUAAAGUGUUCUGAAAUUGUGCGCUUUAAAGAAAAAAAUGUACCCAUAAUGGUUUGACUUUUGUAUUAUUGUGCAAUGUAUGUUGCAGUGUUAAUGUGGAUUCAGUGCUUUUCCUUUACAGGUUCUAUGAGAAUUUGAACAGUGGGUGUUUGUCUCUUGUUACCCUAUUCUUAACAUUGCAGUCAACUUACUUGAUUGAGUGAGUUGCAUUAAUUUAACCAGAGAAUAGAUUCACAACAUCUGGAAUAUUUCUUAUCAUAUGUACAAGAUUAGCAAAGAAGAUAAAGACUGGAUAAAAUGUAGUUUUAAAACGUCCAUCUUGUGAUACUUCCUCCAGCUUCCCUCUACAUGUUAUUCUUAAUGCAAAAGGGCAUCAAAAUGAUUUGAAAUAUUAAUUUUGUAGUCAUUGCUAUCCUUCAAUAAAUUUAUUUUCAUUAAAUUCUUAUUAGAUGGUUUUAAUGCUUUUUUAAUAUAUAUGA